GGGACUAUCAGAAUCAUGAAGGAGGAGAGGAAGCCAGGAUCAUUUGAGGUAUCCUUGAAUAGAUCCAGGUGCAAAGAGGAAGAAGAAUGGAGAAGGAAUAGAUCCGUGACGGUUCAGCAUAAUCGCUUCCAGGAAGCCCUGGUGCAAACAAAGGAGAAAUUAUUUAAAGUUGUACCGCGUACACAGAGUUCCACUCAGAGCACAAACUUCACCGCCAAUCAGAGAAUCAGUAUGGAUGGGAAGCCCUAUAAAUGUUUUGAGUGUGGGAAGAGUUUUAGUAAGAAGGGAGUCCUUACCGUACAUCAAAGAAUUCACACAGGGAUGAGGCCUUUUAAUUGCUUGCGGUGUGGAAAGAGCUUCCGAAAAAAUGUGAAUGUCACUGAACCCCAAAGAGCCUAUGCAGGGGAGAAGACAUAUAUGUGUUUGUACUGCGGUAUGUAUUAUCACCAUCAGAAUAUCCUUGGUGGGAAUUUAAGUUCUCAACCCAAGAUACGUCCAGGAGAGAAAUCAUGUAAAUGUCUGGAAUGUGGAAAGAGCUUCUUGAAAAAAGGGGACCUCACCCGACAUCGAAGGAUUCACACAGGGGAAAAACCGUAUCAUUGUUUAGAGUGCGGGAAGAGCUUUGGGCUUAGGACAAGCCUGAUUUCCCACCAAAGGACUCACACGGGCGAGCAACCGUAUAAAUGCUUGGAGUGUGGGAAGAACUAUUCCAGAAGGACAAACCUGAUUGCUCAUCAAAGGAUUCACACGGGGGAACAACCCUAUAAAUGUCUGGAGUGUGGGAAGAACUACUCUCGAAGAACCAGUCUUACGGUACAUCAGAGACUUCAUACAGGCGAGAAGCCAUAUAAAUGCCUGGAGUGCGGGAAGAGGUAUUCUCGAAGAACGAACCUGAUUGCCCAUCAGAGGAUUCAUACGGGGGAGAAACCGUAUCAUUGCUUGGAGUGUGGAAAGAGUUUCCGGAGGAACUGGAACCUUGUCAGGCAUCAAAGGAUUCACUCCGGGGAGACGCCGUAUUCAUGCUUGGAAUGUGGCAUGAAAUUUCGUUACGUGAUUAAUCUUCGAAAUCACCAGAGAUUUCAUACAGGGGAACAACCGUAUAAAUGCCCAGAGUGUGGAAAGAAUUACUGUACUAAGGGAAGCCUAGUGACACAUCAGAAAAUGCACAGAGGGGGGAAACCAUAUCAAUGUUUGGAAUGUGGAAAGGGCUUUCUGAAAAAUGGGGAUUUUAACAGACAUCAAAGAAUUCACGCAGGAGAGAAACCUUACCAAUGCUCUGAGUGUGGAAUGAGUUUUGGACUGAGGGCCAGCUUGAAUUCCCACCUAAGAACUCACUUAGGAGACCAACCAUACAAAUGCUUGGAGUGUGGGAAGAGCUAUUCCAGAAGAACAAACCUUACUGCGCAUCAACGGAUUCACACAGGGGAGCAACCAUAUAAAUGCUUGGAGUGUGGAAAGAGCUACUCCAGAAGAACAAACUUGAUUGUACAUCAGAGAAUCCAUACAGGGGAAAAACCGUGUAUAUGCCUGGAAUGUGGGAAGGGAUUCAGGAAAAACGGGGACCUGACAGUCCAUCAAAGAAUCCAUACGGGAGAGAUGCCAUAUAAGUGUGUUGACUGUGGGAUGAAGUUUCGUCGCAGAAUUAACCUUAAGGAUCAUCAGAAAUUUCAUACCGAAGAACAGCCAUAUAAAUGCUUGGAGUGUGGGAAGAACUACUCGAGCAGCGGGAGUCUAGCUUCGCAUCAAAAAAUCCACCGAGGUGAGAAACCGUAUAAAUGUCUGGAAUGUGAAAAAAGUUUCUGGAGGAUUGGGGACCGUAACGAUCAUCAAAGGGUUCAUAUAGGGGAGAAACCCUAUAAAUGCUUAGAGUGUGGCAAGAGCUUCCACUUCAUCACCACCCUGACUUCCCACCAGAGAAUUCACACAGGGGAUCAACCGUAUAAAUGCUUGGAGUGUGGAAAGGUUUACUCGAGUCAGGCAAAUCUAACUUUGCAUCAAAGGAGCCACACGGGGCAGAGAUCGUAUGAAGGCAUGGAAGUAUGGAAAGAGCUUCCGGAAAAAGUAGGACUCUGCUAGGUAUCAGAGAAUCCACCCAGAAGAUCAAUGCUGCCCAUAUCACAGGAGCUUCUCUUCCAACAAAACACUUACAUACAAAUCCCUGUACAAAGGGAUGAUGUCAAGAUGGCAGUCUCAAUUACACAUGGACAUGCAUGAGUGCGCACACACACCAUAGACAGCCCUGCUUAUUUCACAUCAAAAAAUCCACAUUGGAGUGGAUUCUCUAAGUGUUUAGGACCAAGAAAGAUCUUUCAGUGACAUUUGAAAUAUUUUUAAAAUGUUAGAUAAAUAGACUAGAGGUUUUCUAACCAGGUUGAUAGAAGUAGCUGGAGGAGGAAGAACCUCUUCUGGACUAAACAAAAUAUUUGAAAUAUUGAUAGCCCACUAGGGAGUAUUCCUGUUAGCUGUGUUAUUCUCCACUGGUUCGGGUGCUUUCUCAUCACAAGUAUUUCAGAGGUGCUCAGUUUUUAAUUUAAUGCUUUGUAAAUCUUUUUACUAAAUCAUUAGAAUGGGAGAACCAGGGUGUAAAAAUAAGGAAAAGUAUGUCUUCACUUUGAAAUAAAAAUAGGAUUUAAGGCAGUUCACAUUAACACAGAAGUGAUCAUCACCCUCUGGGGGAG